GGGAUGGGUCACCUAAUCAAACAUUGUUCUACCAAUUUCCUCGAAGAAGAAGAAGAACAUUAAGAAACUUAAAACAAUGUCAAAAUCUCAUAAACUAAUAAGAAACCAAUCAAAUUCGUCCAUUUUUCCCUCUUUUCUUUUUCUCUUUCUUUCUCCCAAUCACUCUUCAGAUUCCGGGGAAGAGAAAAGAGAGAAAGAAAGAAAGAUUCAAUCUUUAUUAGCCGGAGAUGGAUUCGCCAAACUGGGAACUCCGUGGUUGUUGUAACCGGAAUCAAAAUACUUUCCUCAUCACCAUCGGAGUCUUCACCGUAGUUAUCCUUCUGCUAUGGAGGACAUUUCUAUUGACUCCAUUUAAACUCAUUACGGUGUUUUUGCACGAAGCUAGUCAUGCCGUUGCUUGCAAGCUUACAUGUGGAGAUGUAAGGAGCUUUCUCACUUCAACUACUAGUCUUCAAAUGAACUUAAAAGGGUAUAAGAUUGAUUUUAGGUCACUUGAACCCUUGAUUUAGUUUGCAAACAUGAAUGUGUUUCCUUCCAUUUGUAAAAUGUUGCUGUGUAAGAGCAGAGAAGAUCUUCUGGUUUCCUUAGAUAGAAAGAUUUUUACUUUAGCAAUAUGUCAGUUCAUUCUUCUCUCUGGACAUGACUGUUAGUAUAGCCAUAGAUAAGAGGUUGCAGUAUCCUUAUAUGUCUUGCUAUCUGUUUUAUCCGUAAUCAUAUUUUUAGACGAUUCUUGCUUGCUUCCAUUGUUAAUGUGUAAACUACUAGCUUCUGUCAUUAGUUUAAGAACACACAGUGAGUCUACUUGAAUAAGUGCAGCUGCUCAAGCCUUAGCUGUAGGUCUACAUUAACUUCCCUAGGAGUGAAUGUAACAGAUUAUAGCUCUUUUGUGUUGGUUAGAAAGCUUUUAGUGAGGACUGGUUUUAUAAAGAUGUCUCUGCAGAUAGUUAGGGUGUAGAUUUGAUGGCGAUUUUGGUUCUGUAAGAGUAGGAGUGUUCAGCUUCAGGUCUUAGUCUUACUAUACUUCUGCUUGUGUUUCUUCUAGAUUGAUUGAUGCAUAUCACAAUUUUACCUUAUGCAAGUAUUGCAGUGACAAUGUGAGAUCUACAAACUUUCCUUUGCAAGUACUUCCUGUAUGAAACUUAUCUACCAGCUUCUCUCUAUGAGUCUUUAUGUUUUACCCCCUCAUAAGAAUUAUCUUGAAUAGGCUAUGUAAAGGUUGAACAUAAAUACCACCAAAUGUGUGCACCAUCUCUCUGUGAUUCUGCAACUAACAGUCGCAUAUAAUGUGGAUAAUGUGUUUCUACUAACAAAUUGUCACUCGUUUUGGUAAAUCAACUUCUUAUUGAAUCAAAAGGUAGAGGGGAUGGAGGUGAAUGCAAAUGAAGGGGGUUCGACCACAACACGUGGUGGCAUUUAUUGGUUGAUCUUACCUGCUGGCUAUCUUGGCUCAUCAUUUUGGGGAAUGGCAUUGAUUCUUGCAUCUACCAAUCUGCUUACAGCAAGAAUAGCUGCUGCUGGUCUUGGUCUUGCUUUAUUCAUCGUUCUCUUCAUUGCCAAAAACUGGACGCUUCGAGGGCUUUGUAUAGGUUUCAUAGUUUUCCUCGCUGUCAUAUGGGUUCUACAAGAGUUAACUACAGUCAAAAUUCUCCGUUAUGUCAUUCUGUUUAUUGGUGUGAUGAAUAGCUUAUUCUCAGUUUACGAUAUCUAUGAUGAUUUGAUAUCUCGGAGGGUCCAUUCGAGCGAUGCUGAGAAGUUCGCAGAGAUCUGUCCUUGCUGUACCGGUUGUGGCUGGGGUGUCAUCUGGGGAAUGAUAUCAUUUGCGUUUCUUUGUGCAUCGCUCUAUCUCGGGCUAGUGAUCCUAUCAUAAGAGGGUAUUCUUUGUUACUCAGGUUCAGAUUCUUCCCAGUGAAAUGCAUGCAAAGACAAAUAGUUUGACAAAAAGAUUGAUUCUUUAGAUCCCCUUGAUGUGUUUGGGAUUAACAUUGUCCAUUGAAAGUUUAGGUUUUAUUUGAAAGUUUGUAUUCUUUUUAUAUUGGAGCGUGUUGAUUAGAAUUCAUUGGAUAUUUGAUUUGGUCUAUGUUUAAUGUAUUGAAAGUUCGUUGACUUUUUCAAUAGAAGAUGUCCGUUGACUUUUGUUAAGCUUCUCAUUAUUGAAAAUUUGGAA